AUGGCUGUGCGCGCGUUUCGGCCGCUAUCACUCCCAGAUUCGAAGUUGCUGCAAGCAAAGUCAUGGCUGGUCAACGUCAACGUCUGUAACAACCUCGAAGGCUCUUCCGCCGCAAACCACCUGGGCUUUUCAUAUUCGGCCUGGUGGACAACCAGCUCUAAGCGAUUCCUCGGCAUAUGCGAACAGCCUCAAGCCACUACCAUUUCAGCCCCCACCAACCACCUUCCACAACGGCAAAAAAUGAGUGCCCCCGCGUCGUCCACUCCCAGUCCCAUCCCUUCGCCAACAGGGGCGGGAUCCACAAGUGGCGGCUCACGCAUUGCGCUCUUCCUGGGCCUCUCGGCCGUUGGAGGCCUUUUACUGUUGUGCUCUAUAUUCUUUCUUUGGCGAAGGCAUGUUCAGAAUCGACCCGGUUAUCAAGAUCGGCGAAUCCAGCGUGAAGACGGAUUUUCGCUCGUUCCAUACCGCUUGCGAAAGUUUUUGGGAACGAACAAUUUUGGGAGGGAGGGGAAAGUGGGUGACAUUGAAGAACAGCGACCACAUCGGAAUUCCAUCGAGCAGGCAUCGGGGAUACAGAAUGUGCGCAUUUCCGCCACCGAUGCACCAGCAUUGAAUGAACAUGCCGCUAUCGAAAGACAAGGAGGAGGAGUAAGGCUGCCGCUGAAUCCUCUGCGGACGUCCGGCGAUACUUCCCCCGUGCAACGCCCGACCGAAGAUGCCAUUCAAAGGCCCUCCUUGCCCGCUUUCCGCCCUUCGCACGAAAUCCUUCCGCCGAGGUUAUGUAAAACGUAUUUAUGGCAAAGUGAUGAGGACACGAGGAAGGGGCACGCAAACAAUUCCCCGCUUUCGCUCGAAUAUCCCGACAGUCCCGUUCAUGAGAAGCGAAACGGAUGGGACGCGACGCUUGAGCGGAAUUUCGCUCGUUCCAUACCGCUUGCGAAAGUUUCUGGGAACGAACAAUUUUUGGAGGGAGGGGAAAGCGGGUGACAUUGAAGAACAGCUAGUGGGGUCUGGUAUCCCUGAGGCUUCUUGCUUUUCUUGUAAAUGGUUUCCUUCCCUUUCUUGCGGAAGCGGCGGGCGUCGUGAAUAGGAUAGGAGUAUCGGUACAACAUUAUUGUAAUUUAAUGAUUGAGGCUCCGCUUUCCCCGCUACUAUGCUUUGCAUGUGAUACGAACGUUUGACGAACUCGAUCGAGCGUCCCGCCCACCGGGUAUGCACAUUGCAGAG